GAUAUUAAUAAAUUCAAAUUUUUAAAAAGAUAAAAAAAAACCUUGUUGGGCCUAGCCCGGCCCAUCAGUGCCCAAAUGCCAAUAUGUAGCGAUGUACUGGUAAUCUUCCUCAAAAAUUUCCAAUGUACGCAGGCAUUCGGUUCGGUUCCUCUCAGCCCAUCGCUGCAAAAUCUCAGCGAAAUAGUGCCAAAUCCGAAUGUUUAAAGCUCCAGGCUUCUCUCUCCGAUUAUCCUCUCGCCAGCAAGGUCAUGGUUAGAAAUUUACCAUACACCACUACUGAGAGUUGUUUGAAAAAGGAAUUUUCACGCUUCGGUGAAAUAGCAGAAGUUAAGCUUGUAAGGGAUGAGGCCUCAAAGAGGUCAAAAGGCUAUGCUUUUAUUCAAUACACCAAUCAAGAUGACGCCUUGCAAGCGUUAGAAUGCAUGGACCAAAAGCAUUACAAUGGGAGGCUGAUUUUUGUUGAACUUGCAAGGCCAGAACAGAGUGCGUUUGGUAGCUAUCCAAGGGCCUCUGGACCGCCUCAAGAGGAGAACCUGGCAAAGUCAGAUGAGGCAAUGGAAUAAUUUGGCGCAUCUUGGGUCUUUCUGCUUCUACCCACUAUGUGCAGUCUCUUUAACAGGUUAGGCUUGCGGCCUGGUCUUUUGUCCUGAUUGAGCAAAGGCCAGCUAGUUUUAGUCCUACACAACUCAACCUGAUGUGAAGGGAAUAGGAUCUGUUCUUAAACUUACAUCCAUUUGAAAACUUUCAAAACCUUUGAUGCCACACGAAGCUAAUUAUGCCUAUUGAGUUACCAGUGAUUUGCCCUCUGUGCAUUGUGUUUUGUGAAGUAUUUACAACCAUUUGUGCAAAUGAUGAUGUGGCAUAUAUAAA